GGGUGGGUGUGGUUUGCUUAACACGGGAGAGCCCGGAACCGGAGAAGCAAAGGUGAAGUUGCACGGAGCGGUGGAAAAUCGAGACGGGAACGAUGGCUGGAGUUAGCAAGUGCAUCAAGUACUCUAUGUUCUUCUUCAAUUUCCUAUUUUGGCUGAGUGGCACGGUGAUACUCGCAGUGUCAAUAUGGUUACGUGCCAGCAACGGUAGUGUGAAGCAAAUUGGUGCUGUGAGUGUGGCAGAAUUCUACCCUGCAAUCAACCUUCUGAUUGCAGUUGGGGCGAUCAUUAUGGUGUUUGGAUUUCUUGGAUGCUGUGGAGCCAUUAAAGAAAGCAGGUGCAUGCUGCUCCUGUUCUUCAUUGGACUUCUCCUUAUUCUGGCUAUUCAAGUAACUGCCGGCAUUUUAGGCAUAGUGUAUAAAUCACAGAUUGAAGAAACGUUGAAGGAAGAGUAUAAAAAAAUGAUUCCCAUAAGUGAUCAACUAGACAGUGUCAAGCAACAGAUAGAAGAAAUACAGAAAGAGAAUAAAUGCUGCGGUCUGUUGAAUGGCUACAAAGAUUGGGCAAGUGUUCCAGCAUCCUGUCUCUGCCCUGACAAAGAUUCAGUUGGCUGUAUGAAAACAUCAAACGGGCUUUAUUGGGCUAAGUCAUGUGGCACUAUGCUGAUCGACAUCCUGAAGGACCAUCUCGUUAUAGUAGUUGGCAUUGCCUUGGGGCUGGCAGUGGUUGAGGUAUUUGGACUAAUCCUGUCCAUGACCUUGUACUGCCAAAUCAAGAAUAAAUGAAAAAGAAAGUUUUCCACAGUUGGUGUUUUGGUUCAUUUACAAUGUUUAAUGCUGCAUCUUCUGGCAUGUAACUCAUACCUGAGCUUAAACUGUAAUCUUGAUUUAUUUUUUUUCUAUCCAUUUUUCCUGAUCAAUAAGAUUUAAUUUUGAGGAUGUAGUUUAUUCACACCUCCUUGUACUGUGGUGUUUUGCAACAUGUUUGUUCAGUUAAUUCUAGUUGAUUUAUAGUGUUUCAGUAUGGCUGCUUUGAUCAGCAACUAUCUGUUUGUCAAUGUAGAGGAAUAGGAUUAUCAAUAUUGGAAAGGUGACGAGGCGCUCAGUCUUUCAAGCAAUGCCAUUUCACUAAAUCAGGUAAAGAUUCAUCAUAUCUAAUCAAUCGAAAGAUGGGGCCCAUCACAUUGAAGAAUGGGCCAGUGAAAUUGUAGCAAAAUAGCAUCCUGUUUAACAAGAAACGGCUGGGUGUGUGAAAAUAGGCUGACAAUUCAUCAUGUACAAGUUUACAGACCUGUUUCACCCAACUGACUCAAGAGAACCAGCCUAUUCAUUUUAUCAGUGUUCUGAUAUAAAUUAAUAUUGGCCUGAAUUUUACGGCAAGAAACAUGGGGCCUGCUCUACAUAUAGUGUUUGAAGGAGUAAAGUGAUCAACUUCCAGUGUCCACAUUUGAAUUUCAAAUGCAGAAAGUAUAAUGUUUUGUUUUGACCCUGUCACCUUUUUGGUUACUGUCUUGCUGAGAUGCUUUCCAUUCCAAUACAAGGAGAAUGAGGUGGUAAUGUCUCCAUGAAGGUUCUUGUGCAUUCAUAUAGAAAUUAACUUGGCACUUCAGUCUUAAUACCAACCAACUAACAUAAACUUUGAACGUAGAGAUUUGUUUCUUCCGAUUGUUGGAGCCUUCAAAAUAUUAAAACUUUAAUUUCAUUGAUUUACCUAUUCUAAGAAACAGCGUCUCAGUAAAGAUUCUUUAGUCUGAUGCAGGAGGUAACUGUGAGCAUUUGAAUUCCUGUUGAGUAGUUAUGUGUAAAUUUGUUGCAUCGUGUUGCCAGGUAGUGUAACUGGUGUUAGAAAUAAGUUUUUUUUUCCAGAUAAUCGUUGGAUUAACAUCAAAAAGUAGUCAGUCGUGACCGAGUUUAUGGUGUUGGGAAUCCUCUAAUAAGAUUUAUUGGAUACUUGUUAAAUGAAAAUGAUCUUUCAGAAAAAUGUGGAUGAAUGGGGAAAGUUAAUUGCAUGACAACUCUUUAGUUUAAGACCUAGCAACAAGGAAAUGAAUCCUAGGAUAUUGUAUUUACUUAGCUCCUGGCUAGGUGUAUGUUAAGAUAUGAUGGCAACCGAACCAUGUUUAAUAAUUUGUUAAGAUUAUGAAAUCCAACUUGUAUGUCUACGCUGUGUUGGAUUGAGAGGUAUGGUAAUCUAAACUUGGUUAUGACUGUUUAACUACAUGGGUUCUUGGAGAGUUUUAUUCUACAUAUAUUUUGAGCUUUUUGUAUUUUUUUAAAUGAUUUUGUAAUUUUGAGAAUUAAAGUUAAAAUGUAUUAAUUGUCAUUGUGUUUAUAAGAAUUAAAAGUUGAAAAGCUCUGAA